AGUCAAAAUAUCUCUUUCUCGGGUAAUGGGAUUUUAUCAUUGUAGACAAAAGUGAGGUAGAAUAAAUAUGAUGAUCUCUAUUUCUAGUUUCUUCACGCCUGUUUCGCUUUAUAAAACUGGGCAAAGUCAUAGGUUUUCUUUAAUUUAACUAAAUUUUCAUAUGGAUUCUAACUAACAUAUCCAGAAAGUUUAAUGAUAAUCAAUUUACAAAUGAUUAAUUGUUUAAAAAUUGUUUAAAAAAUGACUGAUAAUAAAAAUGAGUCUCUUUACACAUAUUUAUUACUACCAACUACUUUACUUUUGACCUUCAAGUCUAUUGCAUGGAUUGUUUGUAUUGACCUUGCCAACUUAGUUUUAAACAAACUUUUUAAAGACUUUAGUACUUGAUAGGAAACUAUACAUCUGCUAGCUGGUAUCAUAUCUAUGUUGCUGGUGUUUAAGCCAUUUCCUGAUAGAGAUGGAAACUAGAAACGGCGAAAUUCCGGAAUGGAAAAAACUAGUGUUCGAAAGAAGAAAAAAUCGAGAGAUGCGCAAAGCUAAAGCUAAAAAACAAGAGGAUAAGGAGAAGGAAUUAACGAAACAGGAUAAACUAAGAAAAUCUAAUGGCGAAAUUCCGGAAUGGAAAAAACUAGUGUUCGACAGAAGAAAAAAUCGAGAGAUGCGCGAAGCUAAAACUAAGAAACAAGAGGAUGGUGAGAAGGAAUUAACGAAACAGGACAAACUAAGAAAAUCUAAUGAGUAUGUAUCGUCCGAGGAAGCGGGUUCUCCAGCCCUGUACAAAACAUCGAAACGUAUGGGACGGUCUGAAUCUCUCUCCGUUCACGAAGGUAAAGUAAGACCUUCAGUUAUGCCAAACCUGUCAGAAACCACGGGUAAAGGAAAUAGCAAACUUCUCAAACACCACCAGAGUUUGUGUGUUCGAAAAAAGAAAGGGCCAGAGCUACCAAAGAUUAACAAGAUGGAGUUUAGAUCCGAAGGCCCGGUUUUGACAUUUGGAUGUGAUCUGUUGAGUCAAAUGGUUUAUGAAAAAGCACUUAGAGAAGGCAAAGAGACCGAUAAAACGAUUCGAUUGAUGGUAUUAGGAUGUCAUGGCCAGGGAAAAACAUCACUUAUAAGAAGUUUAUUAGGAGAGUCUACUGAUGCUGUCGAAAGCACUAAUGGUAUUGAUAUUGUGAAAUGUAAAUGUAAAGCAGAAGGUACAUCUUGGAAAAGGCAACAGAAAGAAAGUCCUGAAAAUGAGAGUUUACAAAGAAUAGCAAGUGUUGUGAAAAGCACUGUCCCAGGGGCAAUCAGUUUCGUUUCAAGUGCGAAAGGCGAUGACGUACUUGAUAAGUUAUCAAAACAUCUGGAGAAAAAGGAAAACUCAAAUGAGGAAAUAGAAAGCAUAACAAUAUGGGAUUUUGGUGGUCAGUUUGUAUAUUAUGCCACUCAUCAGCUGUUUCUUUCAAGAAAAGCCGUCUACUUACUUGUAUUUGAUUUAAGUAUAGACCUCAGUGCUAAAAUUAAAGAUGAAGAUGACACCCUUACGACAGAGUUAGGUGGAAAGACAAUGAAAGAUUACAUUGAGUUUUGGAUGAACUCUGUUCAUUCUUACGUCGGAAAUGAAGAUAGCACAGAACCUGCUGUCAUUCUAGUAGGAACUCACGCUGAUAAACUUGAAAAUAGGCUAGAUGCUGAAAAGUACAUUGAAUCAGUAAGAGACAUGUUCAGUGAACGAAAAUUGAGUCAUCAUAUCCAAAGGGAGCAUUUUGCUUUAUCCAAUAUCAAUCAAUCUAGAACUGAAAUCGAGAACAUUCGUAAAACAGUCAUCUCAAUUGGAAGAAAACAAAAUCAAGAAGAAGCAAUACCUGCUAAAUGGAUUCACCUUGAACACGCAUUGAAAGAUUGCCGAGAUGAAAACAUUAUUACAAUAGACAGAUUAACUGGAAUCAAUAAAUCAAACGAGUAUCCAAUACAAGAACAGCAAGAAUUGAAAUCCUUUUUAGAAUUUCACCAUACCUCUGGUACAUUCUUUUAUUUUGAUGAAGGUGAAAUGAGUCAGCAUGUUAUUGUAAAUCCUGAGAUUUUGGUACGCGCAUUUAGAUGCAUUAUUACGUCAAAGACAUUUUGCACACGAAGUCCAAAGUUACAACCACUGUGGAAAACGCUAACAGAAAAGGCAAUCCUUUAUCCGGAACUACUACACUCUGUCUGGAAAAAUGACCCUGAAGACUUCACAAGGUUUCAGGAUAUUUUAACUGCUUACUUGAAAAAGCACCGGAUCAUUGGUGAAGCACAGCAGAUAGAAAUGAAAGACGGGGCGCUCAAUUCAAAACCGUUAGGAUUUUUCAUUGUUCCAAGCCUGUUGAAAACUACCGACGACGGUUCAGUUAAAGAUUUCAUUGACCGGAAGUCAUGUACACCUGUUUCACUUGUUUACGAGUUUCAGAACGAAGCAAUUGUACCAACAAUUUUUCAGAGAAUUACAGCUGCAGCUGUAGGAUCAUGGCCUAUCUUAAACUUUAAAGGAAAACCUCUUCUCUUCGAAGACGUAAGCGUCUACAAGAUAAAUCUAAGUCACGCUGCUUGGAUACUACAUGCAAACAGCAAAAUAGAAAUUUUAAUUAUUAGUCUACGCACUGAAGCUGAUGUAUCUGAAGAGACGGCAGAUUAUUUUCGGCGUUUUACAGACUUGCUGAUUGACGCAGAAUUUCAAAAGCUACGUCAUUUAGAAUUGGAAGGUGCAAGAAAUCUGCCAUUUAAGCAGGAAUUUAGAUGUUUUCAUAAAGAGCAUUCUUGUAAAGGAAGUGUUGCCACGUAUCAACUUGAGUUAGUACAAGAUACGAAAGAUCAGUCUCUUUGCUGUCCUGAUCAUGUUAGUCAUGACAGUUUGAUUCCGACCAAAAUAUUGAAGCUAUGGUUCGGCAACAAGGUAGCAGCGAAGGACAUUCCGAAGAGAAAACUAACUGAUAAAGAAUAUAGUUAUAUUUCUACCUAUGGGGUUGGUUAUGGCUGGGAGCAACUUGGUUUAGCUCUAGGUGUUCCAGAAAAGAGAAUAGAACAGAUAGAUAUGGAAUGUAAAGAUGUAUCAAUGAAAAUGUUCAAAGUAUUUAAGGAAUGGGAUAAAAUAAAGUCAGAAGAGGCGACACUAGAUGUUUUGGUUGCUCUCGUAAGUGAACUACCUAGAAAAUAUUUCAAUCCAGAUACAUUGAAAAAUCUCAUUGACAAACUCUGCUGAAACACAGUGUUACCAUUGCGCAAGAGGAUGUAGCAAGAGUUCAAUGUUUAUAGAUAUGUUGGCCUUUAGUUAAAGUGACUGAGAUUAAAAUGAACAUCAAUGAAUUUGUAAAUGAAAACAGUUUCGUUUCUUUCAGUACUUAAGCUGCUGUGGUAGCAUUCCUGAAAAAAAGUUAAUUAUCUGUCUUAAUUGAAUUGGCAUAUUGUCUCUAUCCAUUUGUGCUGACCAUCUGGCCGUCAUAUUUUGCUUUGAAUUGUGUUUAGAUAAGUGGCAUGCACUACGGUAUUCUAGUUAUAUAUAGGAAAACAAGAAGACAAAACACAUCAUUAUGACAGAUUUUAUUUCGACCCAUAUUACGAAUUUCAAGUGGCAAUUGAAAUUAAACAUGUGUCUGAAUACUUAACGGAACUGAAUGAUUUGAAACUAGUAUGGAGAUGAAGAAAUGAAGAAUCAAUAGAGCCAAAGUUCAGAUGGUACUUCUGUGGCAUUUGAUAAAAUAUUCUGUACAGAUAUUAAAACAUGUUUUAGUCUAAAGACCAGCAGAAAAUUGAAAUUCCUCUACA